CGUAUAUCUGAAAGACAGGGGAAAAGGCACCAGUUAAAAUACCAUCAGAGCUCAUCCAUUUCCUGUCUUGCAGCUUGAUUCCUUCCCGUGAUGUUCUUUCCCAAAAAAAAUGGAGCUGACUUGGCAGCUGGUGGUGGCACCACACGCUGCUGGCCUCGGGGCCACAGAGCAAACUGGCUUCUAUGCAGUUAAAGAAGGGUCGGGGGGGAAAGAAAAAAGAAACCAUCUUCAACCUGCAAGUCUCUCACGAAGACCGAGUUUUCUGAAAAGCAAGCGGACAGAGAUGUGACUGCUUUCAGAGGCUGCUCAGCGGGUCCAGCGGCGAUGAGCUUGCACGCGGAAGCAUGGUGGGAAAGGCUGAUGUAAUACUGACUUAAAGAGGGACCCAGCCGCAGGUUUGGGGAUGCUCCUCGAUGCCAGCUGAUCGCGCCCCGCUUCCCUGCUGCCUCGGGUUUCCUGUGUUCGGGCCAGCGAAAGCUCCCGCACCAGUGCCCCGGUUUCGCAGGGUGGAUAUUGCCCUGAGUUGCUCCUACGUGGGGGAAGAUGUAAGAGGCUUGCUGCGUGCCUUUGGCAGCUCGUCCUCCGAGCAUCCUGCUACCCUCGUGCUGAGGGGUAUCAGCGUCAGAGAUGAUGGGAACUUGGAUGACCUAACUGAGUACAAAGGCCCACAGGAAAAUCCUGACUCCUCUUCUCCCAUUGUCUUUGAAGCCUCAGCCCAGUUGGUAUCCAUCCCACACGCAGAGUCCCUGCUGCAUGCGGACUGCGAUGGGGAGGAGGUGAACUGCGAGAUCUCCCCAUACAGCUCCCAGCAGGCUGGCGAGGGUCCCUGCCGUACCUCCUGGUUCAUGGCCACCCUGCAGCUCUCCAGCAGGAUCAGUAUCACCCUGGUGCUCAGAGGCCCCCAAUGCGGCAGCCAGGAGGAGGAGCACGAUGCAACGCUGCACCCAAAGCUGAGGAUUCCUAUGAGGAAGGAGGGGACAGUGCUGACCACAGUUGAAUUUCAAUCUUCAUCACGCAACACUUCCCUGCGCACGCAUCUUGGCGGCUCAGUCACCCUCGACUGCCGCUUUGCCUUGGCUCCCAGCUCCUCGCUGUCCUCCCUGGAGUGGAGGAGGCAGCACCAAGGCAGUGGCCGUAGCCUUUUCCGGUACCAGGUGGGGAGCACAGGCCCAACAGUGCAGCCAAAAGUCCACGUGGAUGUGGCAGGGCUGCUGAGGAGUGGAGACGCAUCGCUUAGCCUGCAAGGAGUGAGCGUGGGAGACGAAGGGAUGUACAUCUGUUUGGUGUCCACCCCGCUGCACCAGGCCCAGCACAUCAUCCAGCUCCAUGUGGCCGAGCCUCCAAGAGUUCAUGUGAUUCCAUCAGUGGUGUCAUUUGAGAGAGAUGUGAAGACUACUCUGAUGUGCAACAUUGCUGGCUAUUACCCCCUGGACGUCUCGGUGAGCUGGACACAGAAGACUCCUGAAGAUGACAUGGAAAUCCCUCUCUCAAAUGCACAUCUCUCCAGCCACCGGCAAAGCCAAGAUGGCACCUACAGCAUCACCUCCUACCUCAGCAUUAGCUCUGACACAGCGCGGGCACCAGCCACCUACAACUGCCAUGUUUCACACGUGACCCUGGCAGAGCCCAUCUCUGUGAGUGCCCAUCUUAAGGUACCAGAGCAAACAGGAUCGGAAGGACUGGUGGGGAGUUUCAUUGCUACCGUCCUUUUCAUCGCUGUCCUCUUCGUUGUGCUCAGGAGAAGAGCAGCUAAACCAAAGCCCGAGCAACUUCUAAGGGCUUCAGAAUAGAGGAAAUCACCCACCUGCAGUCCUUUGUCUCCCAUCCCUUGACACAUGCUGCUCAGGAGAGCCAGCCCUGUCCGAAUAUUAACAGAGCUAUUGGUGGGUAUGGGAGGGGUAGGGCUGUCCUUGGUGGAGGAGCUGAGGCAGACUCACAGAAAAACAUGUCUUCAUCUUGGGAGGGCAACAUCGAUAACUUCAGCUCUUUGCUGGGGUGCUGCAUUACAGGCAACAUGCAUACAUUUUUAGAAAUGCCUCUUCUCCAUUUUCAGGGAAAAUUAAAUUGUAUAUAGGUGAGUGUUUGUAUGACUGUAUAUAUGUAUGUGUAUAUACAGGAUUUACACAUGUAUGUAUGUCUGUAUCUGUAGAUGUAUACAGGUACCUUUGGCUAUUGCCUAUGAGGCAGGCGUUUAAGUAAGAUAUUUAUGUACGCAUGUGUUUUAACUGUGAAGUUGGGCAAAUAUGUAGGCAAAAUUUGUACUUGAAAACGGUGAAUCCUCAAACAGAGGAAGUUAUGGGUUAAACUGAUUGCAAAUCAAGCAAUUGGAAAAAUAUGGCUCUCCAGGAGAAAGUUACAAUAAAAUUUUUUAUAGAAAUUUCACUGCUAGAAGUUUACAAGAUGGAGAAGAUGUGUGGUUCUGUAGUUGUGAAAAAGACAGACAUGAUUAAACGCUUUUCCUCCCCAACAGGGAAUUUGAAGGUAAUACUUAGAAAUCCUGUAUAUAACCAACAGGGGAAAAAAAGCAGAAGAAAGGUGUGGAUGGAAAGGAGGUAUAUGGCACACAAUAAAACUGAGAAUUUAUGAAGCAUACAAGGUGAUAAGGAGUGUUCAAAAUAAUCUGGAAAAGCUGGAUUGCUGCAAGUGCUAACGGUACUUGGAAUGAAUUUUUUCAAAACACGUUGAAAACCAACAAAUUCUAGCAAUGGCCUAGACUCUUACUGGGUGGAUAUAGGUAAAACUGUUGAUAGAGAAGAUUUUUGAUGGAGGCUUUUUGUUACAGAGAAGAUAGUUGUUUGUAUACAGAAGGAAACAGAAUUGUGUAUUCAUACUAUAUGAGGAUGGUAAACAACUUCCUAAUCUAUUUGCCAACUAAGGAAGGUUUUAACAGCAUCUAUUAAGCGUAAGUAUUUUCAGAUCAGUAGCCAAGAAAAUUUGCAUCUCAGAAUCAUAGAAGAUUUCGCUGAGGAGGCAGCUGGCCCAAUGGAGUUAGGUAAUUAAAAAUCCUGGCAUACUAGAGAAAUCCCAAGAUCUUGGAAGAGCGUGUUAUGCCAGUGUUCAUAAAGCAAGAUGACGCCGAUGACUGUUAGAUGGUUCCGUAGUAAUAAUCAUAGGUAAGAGAGUGUGAAGUUGUUAGAAGUUAGCUAACAAAGGCUUCAACAAUGAAAAUAACAUUAAUAAUUUCGUAUGUUUAAAAAAAAAAAAAAGUUGUGAGAAACAAACCUGAUUUCAUUCGUUGACAAAAUAAUAAAUGUAGUUGAUAAAAGCACUGGGGCAGAUUUAACAAAUCAAGAAAUUUGUAAAUUCUGAAGAAGAAAUAAUAGUGUAUGUAUACAUCAUAAUUUGCAUUAUGUGGAUUAAUUACUAGCUAACAGACAAAUGGCACAAAUUCAUUGUCCAAAAAGAAGCAGCAAUCACUGCUGAAAGUGUGUGCCUUCCUGCAAGAACCGUGCUGUUUAAUAUUUGCAUCAGGAGAUAACAAUUGUAAAAAAUAUUGCUGAUAAAAUUUGCAAAUGGCAAGAUCAGUAGCUAAAGCAGAGGGAGUCCUUCAGAUCAACCCAAGUCCCCUGGCCAGCUGAACAUACUGAAACAAGGUACAAUGCUCAGUAAUACCAGUGGAGUCUCCUCAGGUGCUGGACCACCACGCUGUCUCAAUGCUGUUGAUCCACGAAUCCUUAUCAGUUGCCUGACCCGUGGGAACACCUAAGGGUGACCAUGGGCAGAAUGUAACUGCUGGUGGAAGCAGUUCUAUCAUCUCUUCUUCAUUUUUGAUGCGUUACCAAUAAAUAAGUCUUUUUAGUUCCAA